UGGAGGUGCGAAGAUGUGAAGGAGAUGAUGGGGUUGACCGGCGGUUUGGGCUCAGCGCUGUCUCGACUGCUUACGUGACACCCCGGGGCCAUCUAAAACCGCGUUUCUUGUUAGGCUGUGUCAACCAUUCAUCGCCGCUGCCAAACACAACAAUAACAACAAAGCCGCCGUCCGCGCUUCAAUGCGUGCACCGCUCGUCUUUGACCACCAUGGAUGGCAAUAGGCCGCGCCCCGGUGGCUCUGCUUCGGCCGUCCCAGCAAAUGCAGCGCAGCCUGCGCGUUCCGAGGCAUCGAAUCCACCCGCGCCGAGCAAUGCGCCCAAGGUCCAGCAGCCGAAACCCCAAGCACUGCCAUCGCGAUCUGGUCCCAGCUCCAUCCUAGUCUCGCCGCGACAGAAAGGCAACCCCAUCCUGAACAGUGUGCGCUCAGUCGCAUGGGAGUAUUCAGACAUUCCUGCCGAUUACGUCGUUGGUGCCACAACAUGUGCUCUCUUCCUGUCGCUCAAGUACCACCGUCUGCACCCCGAAUACAUCUACAACCGUAUCCGAGACCUGAAGGGCCAGUACAGUCUCCGCAUCCUUCUUACUAUGGUCGACAUUGAAAAUCAUGAAGAUCCACUGAGGGAGUUGUCUAAGACGUCAUUAGUCAACAACGUCACCGUCAUGCUUUGCUGGAGCGCACAGGAAGCUGGCCGCUAUCUAGAGCUCUUCAAGACAUUUGAAAAUGCAGCGCCAACCAGCAUUCGCGCUCAGCAAGCAGGGACCUAUUCGGAGAAGAUGGUUGAGUUCAUCACUGUACCACGCAGUAUAAACAAGACGGAUGCAGUUGGCUUAGUAUCCAACUUUGGCAGCAUCCGCACUGCAAUCAACGCCGGGCCGGAGGAAAUUGGUCUGAUAGCAGGGUGGGGUGACAAGAAGGUUCAGCGAUGGUGCAACGCCGUCAGGGAACCCUUCAGAGUCAAGAAGGCAGCAAAGCGAACUGUCGGACAGGAUAGCAACCGAGCAAACAUGUCACGCGACAUCUCCAUGGCAGAAGACGAAAUUCAGACGCCUUCAGCAGCGGAUGCUGGUGACACAGCACACCGUAGAGUGGAUGAUGCUGGACCUCUUGCCAUGGAAAUGGCAAGAACCGCGCCUUUUGCAGCUUCAGGGUCAGAUGCAGACCGACGACCGGACCAUCGUCCCGCUGAGGAUAUCGAUAAAGACGAUGAAGAGGCAAUGCGCGAGGCAGAGCUAGGUCGUGUCUCGGACGGUAAUGAGGCUAACUCAUCCGCUCCAAAGCCAGUGAAAAGGAAGCAAUUAGAAGAGGAGAAUGUGAGCGAAGGCGUCAUGGCCGCGCUCAGCAAGUUGAGGAAGCAGUGAACAUAAGUUUGGAUAUAGAACCAAAAUAUAGUAUGUGACUCGCUGCCCAAACACGACAC